GACGAAGUAUAACUCAAAAUAGUUAAAGUCUCAAUCCCCGACAUUAUGAUUGGACUGGUCACAUGACUGACCCACAGAAAGGCCGAUCCGAUAAUCCGCUCCGAUCUUCAAAACACAUACAUAGGUGUGCAUCUUUCAUAAUGGAUGGCAUUGUAGCCUUUAGACUAUUGUGAAGAUGGGCUAUAGCAGCUACUUCUCAGGGAAAUUUUCAUCUUAAGUGAGUCAUUGUGGCGUUGUUAAAAGUCUUUUGAUGUUCAGUUCGGUUACGCGUUUUCAAGUUCCGUGGUGGGGAGCUUAUCAAUUCCACUCAGGCUAGGGCAUGUCUACAUUACAUUACAAGAUGUCAGCCGACCCCAUUGAAGGCGAUGAGCCUAGCCAGGUCAUCGUCAAGGCAGAUGAAGUUGACCAGACUGGCACCGAUAUAUCACCUAUUCCUGAUGAACAACUAAUGGCAGAAGUUGUCGAUGGGCUCACCCUCGAACCAUCUCCUCUCAUUGAAGAUCAGGUCCAACAGGUCCCUGGCUCUCGAGAUCCAAGGCAAACAGGACGACCGGCAAUAAGGCGUGAUGGGGUUGCGCCUCCACCACCCCUGCAGCCACCCCCUCCUGCUCCUGGCCAACAGGCGACUGAGUUAGCACCAGAUUCGCUCAGUCUUGCCCAGUUGAAAAAGAUAGUACAAGAUAUGCCGCGAUUUGAGCAGCAAGCAUAUGCAUUUCGCUAUGCCGACUGUCAGUCUUUCCCAGAAGAGCUCGACGAGUGGUUCCAAUACAGCGAGCCAGAGCGUAUGAUGCUACUCGGGUCUAAGGUGUCAUUUGAGCAACAAUGGCAAGAUUUUUGUCAACAAAGCUCUCUACAUCCGGAUCCUUCGUGGCUAGAUGUCGGCCGUGAUCUUCGAAAAUCUUUCGUCAACUCUCUUCUAGUCAAUUUGGACCAUGAGGAUAUGUUUUCUCGCAUUGAAGCAUUGGAAGCCAUUUGCUACGCGAUGUGCGGUGUAUGGGGGUCGACUGCUGGAAGAUCUGUGGAUGAUUAUCCUGACGAACCCACAGAGCAAGAAAAAGCGGAAACUCCCAAAUUGAAGUCCCUUCAAAUCGAGUGGAUCGUCAACAAUGUACUUCUAGUGCACGAAUGUGACGGUAUUCCCAAACUUUUCGAAUAUAUGAGGGUCGUUUACGACAAAGAGAGAAGCUUAGUGGACACCGAGUCUAUUGACUUGGACAAUGAGAAAGAGCAUGCAGCAUACCUCAUAGCCCGUGAGCGUGAGGCCAAUCUCAUUCUGACAUGUCUAUAUUUUGCUGUUGAAGUUGCCAGGCGACUGGAGUCUCUUGAUAGACAAAAUGUGGACUUAAGAAAUUCCAUUGCUAGUCUGGAGCCCAGUUUACUCGUUGCUCUUAUAGAAAUCGUCGCUGGAUUACGCUGGGAUGAUUCCGCCAGCAUACCUUUCACACGUAUCAUCCUACUCUUCUGGAAAUCUAUUCUCCUUAUAUUUGGCGGAAGCGAGAGCUUGAAGGAUGCGAAGAAGAGACUAGAGCCUCUCAUGAACAUCCCAGAAGACCCAGCUGACCGCCGAGAACCAUUUUUGACUGCGUCUCCUCUUGAUUACCAUAUUUUCCGCCAGGAAGUUACGUCCAAAUACCCGUCAUAUAACCCUCCGCCGCCUGUAGUACCUUUAGAAUUAGAGCACAACUCGAUCCUUCCUCCUCUCCCUAACCACCCCAGUCGUCUAGCAUCUGGGAACGGGCUGUUCUCUGCAUCUGGGUCUACAGCCCCCGGUGGCAGUGGUUCAAUCAUUCAUCAGCCGGUACAUAUCGCUACUCCUGCUCCAUCACCUCCGCCAUCACCAGUUGGUCCCGGUGGUAAGGCCGGAAAGAAGCAAAACUAUCAAACGAAUCAGAAUUUCCCUUUCAUGUAUCCUCCCCUAGAUGUCUCCAGCAAUAACAUUGGUGGAAAGGGCACGAGUGAGAUGCAAGACACUCUAGUUGGGAAGAAAUGGGAGGGUAGUGAUGUUCCCGCUUCCAUAAUCGAAGCGGGAAAAUUAUUUUCUACUCAUGUGAAAAUGACUCGGGCAACACGACAAUUAUGGGAAGAACGUGAACGAUUUAUGAAAUUCGAGCGAGGCUGGAAUAUGGAGGACAUGAGCCUUAAAUCCGAUAACCAAGAAGACAAUGAAUCAAACAACUCUUCGAAGGAUGAGAAAGAUAAGGAUACAGCCAAAGAAGUGGAAACAGACGACGAAGAUAUCCAACGCCGCUUGGACGCAGUCGAAGCUUUUUAUAAACAAGCAAUGCCACAUCUGCAGUCAAUUGUUAUAGUUUUAUUAAAAGUGAUCUUGACAAAUGUCAGUGCCAUAGUGAAUCAAGUCAAUAGCCACAACAGCCACAGCUCGGGGGCUGCCAAUGGUUACCAUUCAAGUGGAUCCGCACACGAGGAACCUCCUACCGACGUUGAAGAAAUUGAUAUGGCUCGACUUCGUGAGAUUACGGGGAAGGCUGUUUCGGGUGCCUUGUUACUCUUGCUAAAAUGGUUCAAGAGAUCCCACAUCUUUAAAUUCGAAUACAUGACGCAACUGCUACUAGACUCGAAUUAUCUUCCAUUAAUAUUGAAGAUGUUUGCUCAUCAAGACGUAGAUCAGGCGAUAUCUCAGCAAAACGACCGCAAAGAACUGAGCUUUUUCAAUUUCUGCCUGCGUAAUUCCCAAUAUGCCCCGGAAGAAGGCGACUCCAUAGAUGGCGAUUCUUCUGGUGAAGAUGAAGCUGUACCACCGCCUAUACUCCGCCGCAGGCUAUCACUUGAUGGCAGCUCUUCGGUACGGGGGGUGUCUCCAGAAAAACCUGCAGCCUCGGAAUUUUCAGACGGUUCUUUGCGUCCAGAAGUCGACGAACUAGGAUACCCAACUGGACUACUUCCCAAGGAUCCAAUCACGACAUAUUCUUUCCGCAAUUUCUUCUCGACCAUUAAUUAUCUACAUAUAAUGCAAAAGAUCACACGCGACAAAGCACAUCGCUGCCUCCUUCUCGUUCAGUACAAGUCAAGCACGAUCCUCCGGAAAGGGUUAAAGAUCCCAGAUCCCGAUCUACGACUAUAUACUUUGAAGCUUUUCAAAUCACAAGUUCCAUACUGCGGUAGAAAAUGGCGUCAAACUAACAUGCGUGUUAUCACUGCUAUUUAUCUUUACUGCCGGCCAGAGUUACGUGAUGAUUGGCUGGCAGGUUCGGAUGUUGAUGCUGAAGUUGAAGAGGCACUUCCCUUAGAACAAGCACUUCGUGGUCUUACCCACUGGUGGCAUUUGCGUCAAUAUAGGGAUGUUAUGAAUAUUGAAGAAGGUGCCUCUCUGAUCGAAGAAGAAAGGGAUUUCUUCUCAAGAGAGUUAGAUGCUAUGGGCUGGGGCCUUUAUAGUGAUGAUAUUCUCAAUGAUCUUGGUGAUGAGAGGGAGCUAGGUGCUCCGACGAAUGGCACAACUGAGUGGGAUGGAGGUCCGUUACAGAUGGAGGGUUGGUAGAUUCAUUUCACUUCAGUUUAACUUUAAAAAAAGACACUUUCAACGUUGAUAUAGACACGUAGUGUUUGUAAUUCAGCAAGUCAUAGUAUACAUUUUAAAUAAAUGGCUAUAACUUUCUUCCGUG